AUGGCAAGGUUAAAUUCAUAUGAAGAAAAUCGAACUCUUUUAUCUGAAGCUAUGAUGGAAAAUGAAAUAUCAAUAGUAUAUUCAACUACACAUAACGAAAUAAUUAAAGAAGAGACCCAAGUAGACUUAUCUAAAGAAGAGAUGUUUGAACAUUGUUACCAUUAUUAUAUUGCGUUAUCUCAAUCACAAGGAUUUCAAUGGAAUCAGGAUUUAUUUGUUACUCAGUACCAGCAGAAUCAUCAAGUGGAAUAUGAUGGACAUGAAGAUUCACUUAGUGAAGAUAUAGAGACUUUGGAAUCAAGAAGUAUUUCAGAUUUGUCUCGAAGAAUACAGUACAGAAGAAGAUCCAACAGUAAUAGUAUAAGUUUUAAAAGAGAUUCAAAGAAUGGGUUAAUUAAUUUGUCGUUACCUUUGAAUGAAUAUUUAGAACAAAGUAAAGACAACUGUGAUGAAUUCAGUCAAAGUGAAAAGGGUUUAAUAACCAAAAAGGAAUUUAAAAAACAUCUAGAUUAUUACAAGUGGCUCCUAAGUUGA